AUGCCGUACGUUCUCGAACUACCUUCUCUAAGAAAUGAAGCAUUCAAAUUCGGCUUGCGAGCAUAUAGCUCAAAAGUUCAAGGCCAUGUAAUCGGUAUCGAUUUAGGAACGACAAAUAGUUGUGUGGCUACAAUGGAAGGCAAAACACCACGUGUUAUUGAAAACAGCGAAGGAGGAAGAACGACACCAUCCGUUGUUGCAUUUUCAAAAGAUGGCGAAUUGUUAGUUGGCUUACCGGCAAAAAGACAGGCUGUAGUAAAUCCAGAGAAUACUUUUUUUGCCACAAAACGUUUGAUUGGCCGAAAGUUUAAAGACGCGGAAGUUCAACAAGAUAUUAAACAAGUCCCUUAUCAAAUUAUUGAACACACCAACGGUGAUGCGUGGUUAGCGUCACGAGGCAAAAAAUAUAGUCCAGCUCAGAUGGGGGCAUUUGUCGCUGGAAAGAUGAAAGAGACUGCAGAAUCCUAUCUCGGUAAACCUGUUAGCAAUGCUGUAAUUACUGUCCCAGCCUACUUUAACGAUUCACAGCGACAAGCUACGAAAGAUGCUGGCCAAAUCGCUGGUCUUAAUGUCUUACGUGUCAUAAACGAACCAACUGCAGCGGCGCUUGCUUAUGGCCUUGAUAAAGCCGGCGACAAAGUCGUCGCGGUUUAUGAUCUUGGUGGCGGGACUUUUGAUAUCAGUAUUUUGGAAAUCCAGAAGGGUGUGUUCGAAGUAAAGUCAACUAACGGAAACACCCAUUUGGGUGGCGAAGACUUUGACAUUGCAUUAGUCAAAUAUCUGGUUGACGCGUUCAAGAAGGAGUCAGGAAUAGAUUUAUCGCCAGACCGUAUAGCAAUUCAGCGUAUCCGCGAAGCAGCUGAGAAAGCCAAAAUUGAACUCUCGUCCACUCUUCAAACCGAAAUAAAUCUCCCAUUCAUUACAGCUGAUGCGACAGGACCGAAACACAUUAAUAUGAAACUUACCCGUGCGACCUUUGAAUCCUUAACAAAGUCUUUUAUUGAUAAGACCAUUGAACCAUGCAAGUCAGCAAUGAAGGACGCUAAUGUCGCUACAAAAGAUAUAAACGAGGUUAUACUUGUUGGUGGUAUGACUAGGAUGCCAAAGGUUAUUGAAACAGUUAGAGGGCUUUUUAACAAAGAGCCGUCGAAGGCUGUUAAUCCUGAUGAGGCUGUUGCAAUUGGUGCUGCUAUUCAGGGCGGCGUUUUAGCUGGUGAAGUGACUGAUAUCCUUCUCUUGGACGUGACGCCUCUAUCUCUUGGAAUAGAAACCCUUGGUGGUGUUUUCACUCGAUUAAUUAACCGAAACACUACCAUUCCCACGAAAAAGUCUCAGGCAUUCUCUACUGCUGCAGACGGACAAACUACAGUCGAUAUUAAAGUAUUCCAGGGAGAACGUGAAUUGGUGAAGGAUAACAAAUUGUUAGGGAACUUCCAAUUGACGGGAAUUCCGCCUGCACCAAAGGGAGUACCACAAAUUGAAGUUACAUUUGACAUAGAUGCCGAUGGGAUUGUCAAUGUUUCUGCUUCAGAUAAGGCUACCGGAAAAGAUCAGUCGAGUAAGCAUGAGAGCGGGGAUGCUGGUGUCGUUACAAUUGCUGCUUCAUCUGGUCUAAGCAAAGAUGAAAUCGAAAACAUGAUCCUCGAAGCCGAACAACACGCUGAUAGUGAUCGUGAACGAAGAGAGUUAAUAGAAGCAACCAACGCAGCUGAUACUAUCGCACACGAUACAGAGAAAAACCUUAAUGAAUUCAAAGACCAGCUUGAUCCUAAAGAAGUAGAGACAUUCCGGGGCAAAAUUAAAGAAUUGCGUGAACUAGUAGCCAAGGCCCAGACUGAAGGAAUCAAGGCUGAAGAUGUUAGGGAGAAGACCAGCGCGUUCCAAGUUGAUUCGCUGAAAUUAUUCGAAAUAGCAUAUAAGAAGCGUGCUGAGCAAAAUAAGACAAACGAGAGCAGUAGUAGUAGCGGUGAUUCAGGAGAGAAAACGGAGAGUUAA